CAAAGAUUACUAAGGUUCCUUGACAAAAAGUUCGCCCGAAAUGAUGACAAUAUGGACCAAGCAUUAACUUUUGAAGAAGCCAGCAGGGCAGAGCACGGACUAGAACCCGCAAGACUGGAGAAGGAGUUGGAAGCAGAGAAGCGCGUAAAUGUGAAUUUUCUGAAAGAGGUUUGUUAA